AUUCCUGCCCCGGGUUAAGUGUGUAUACCUCACGGAAAUAUCGGUGCCUUCCACCUGAAGGCACUUAAAAGCUAGGAAAGCGGCAAUCUACCCUGAAACACCCUAUACCAAACACAGCAAGAGACCACAAUGAUUGGCCCGUGACCAAGGUGUAGACUAAGAAGUGGAGUCAUGCUUCACACAGCCGUAUCAUGCUGGCAGCCAUUCCUGGGUCUGGCUGUGGUGUUCAUCUUCAUGGGAUCCACCAUCGGCUGCCCUGCUCGCUGCGAGUGCUCUGCCCAGAACAAGUCUGUUAGCUGCCACAGAAGAAGGCUAAUUGCCAUCCCAGAGGGCAUUCCCAUCGAGACCAAAAUCUUGGACCUCAGCAAAAACAGGUUGAAAAGUGUCAACCCUGAAGAAUUCAUCUCAUACCCUCUCCUGGAGGAGAUAGACCUGAGUGACAAUAUCAUUGCCAAUGUGGAGCCAGGGGCGUUCAACAAUCUCUUUAAUCUGCGGUCCCUUCGCCUGAAAGGCAAUCGCCUGAAGUUGGUCCCUUUAGGAGUAUUCACGGGGCUGUCCAACCUCACCAAACUGGACAUUAGUGAAAAUAAGAUUGUGAUUUUACUGGAUUACAUGUUCCAGGAUCUGCAUAACCUGAAGUCUCUUGAAGUGGGAGACAAUGAUUUGGUUUAUAUCUCACACCGGGCUUUCAGCGGGCUACUUAGCUUGGAACAGCUCACCCUGGAGAAAUGCAACCUCACGGCAGUCCCCACGGAAGCCCUCUCCCACCUCCGCAGCCUCAUCAGCCUACACCUGAAGCAUCUCAACAUCAACAAUAUGCCCGUGUAUGCCUUCAAAAGAUUGUUCCAUCUGAAAAACCUAGAGAUUGACUAUUGGCCUUUACUGGAUAUGAUGCCUGCCAAUAGCCUCUACGGUCUCAACCUCACGUCUCUUUCCAUAACUAACACCAACCUGUCCACUGUCCCUUUCCUGGCCUUUAAACAUCUGGUAUACCUGACCCACCUUAACCUCUCCUACAAUCCCAUCAGUACCAUUGAAGCAGGCAUGUUCUCUGACCUGACCCGCCUUCAGGAGCUGCAUAUCGUGGGGGCCCAGCUCCGUACCAUUGAGCCUCAUUCCUUCCAAGGGCUCCGUUAUCUGCGUGUGCUCAAUGUGUCUCAGAACCUACUGGAAACUUUGGAAGAGAACGUCUUCUCCUCCCCGAGGGCUUUGGAGGUCCUGAGCAUUAAUAACAACCCACUGGCUUGCGACUGCCGUCUCCUCUGGAUCCUGCAGCGACAGCCCACCCUGCAGUUUGGUGGCCAGCAGCCCAUGUGCGCUGGACCAGACACCAUCCGGGAGAGAUCCUUCAAGGAUUUCCACAGCACUGCCCUUUCUUUUUAUUUCACCUGCAAAAAACCCAAAAUCCGUGAGAAGAAGUUGCAGCACCUUCUCGUGGAUGAAGGGCAGACUGUGCAGCUAGAAUGCAAUGCAGAUGGAGAUCCACAGCCCAUGAUUUCCUGGGUGACACCCCGACGGCGUUUUAUCACCACCAAGUCCAACGGAAGGGCCACCGUUUUGGGUGAUGGCACCUUAGAAAUCCGCUUUGCCCAGGAUCAAGACAGUGGGAUGUAUGUUUGCAUCGCUAGCAACGCUGCUGGAAAUGACACCUUCACGGCCUCCUUAACUGUGAAAGGAUUCACUUCAGACCGCUUCCUUUACGCAAAUAGGACCCCCAUGUACAUGACCGACUCCAAUGACACCAUUUCCAAUGGCACCAAUGCCAAUACUUUCUCCCUGGACCUUAAAACAAUACUGGUAUCGACAGCCAUGGGCUGUUUCACAUUCCUGGGAGUGGUUUUAUUUUGUUUUCUCCUCCUUUUUGUGUGGAGCCGAGGGAAAGGCAAGCACAAAAACAGCAUUGACCUUGAGUAUGUACCCCGAAAAAACAAUGGUGCUGUUGUGGAAGGGGAGGUAGCCGGACCCAGGAGGUUCAACAUGAAAAUGAUUUGA